AGCGGAAAUCCAAAAAUAUUGGAAGGAAGUAAACCAACAUCCAUGUCUCCGACCGGAAGUCCAACCCAACCAUCAGCAGGAAGUACAACGAUUGUAGGGAAAACAAGCAGAAGUCCAACAUUGAUGGAAGGAAGUAGCCGAAUACCCAUGUCGUCAUCAACCGGAAGUCCAACCAAAUCAUCAGCCGGAAAUAACGCAGGGACAAAUAAGACGUCAAGUGAUUUUUCCCCAAGCAAAAGGAUGACGACCACGCAAAUGAACAUCAAGAUAAAAUCUCUUGAAAAUCUACUUUAUCAAGGAACGCCGACCAAACAAAUAAAACAGAACGAUACUAACCAUCCAGAUUAUGAUUGUCAAGUAAAAUUCACUAAGGUUGGCUGUUUUGCUGAUAAGCAGUCCCCUCCUCGUCCCCUUAAGGACUUACUCUUCACCGAAAAGGAUCAAAGUGAUUUGCUAAACCGAAAACAUGACAUGAAAAGAAAAGUAUGUCGGUGCGCAGAAGAAGCCAAGAGAAGAGAGUUUACAGUUUUUGGACUUCAGUUUUAUGAUGAGUGUUGGAGUGGAAAAGAUGCAGAGAAAACUUACGAUGUCCACAAAACAUCGACAAAUUGCUUUAACAGUGAAUUUAAGCCUUGUCAAGAGUCCGACAUUGAGUGCGUUGGAGGACCAGAUGCUAAUUAUGUUUAUAGAAUAAGCAACAACAAUCGUGUCAUGGAUUCAGUGUCGCUAAACAAGUCAACACACAAUAACUACAAAUUAAUGGACAGUCUGACUACGCCUAGCAAAAAGCCAAAACUUCACGACUCAAGGCUUCUAAAUGAAUCAUCGAAUAAACCAUUUAAAGACUUCAAGAAUUUAGCAUGCAAAGAAUUUCUAAUUGUCCUUCUAUUACCGACACGGUGGAGAGACGAUUUGAAGAACCCUAACACACUGUACUAUAAAAAAGCACGAGAGAACAUUGAAAUCCAGAUUCUCAACCUUUAUGGAGAGGACGAGGACUUUAGAGGAAUAACAUUUGAAAAAUUUGGGCGAACAGAAAACAGAAGUAUCAGCAAGAUGUAUGCAGUCUUGAAGUUUGACAAUACCGACCAGUACCUGACAAAACUGAUUGAUUAUUUUGGUGCACGAAAUGUCAUGGCCGCAGGUUGUUACACGCCACCACGAUGCCCAGCCUUUUGUUCCUCGAAAUGCUUUCCUUCCUGCCAACCAUCUUGUUGUAUAGCAACAUAUCAACCACAACCCUCCGUGGACUAUACCAGUAAUCCAACCUACCAACAAGCUUAUCAAACCCAACCAAUAAUUACCUACAAUACACAGCCCGCUGUAAUGGGCCCCCUUAUUUAUCAAACCAUUAACCCCCCUCUAGGAAACCCAGAGCCCCAAGCUACGCCACAAAAUUUGAUAACCUCGUUGGGUCCUUCGUGUCCCGAUGGAUGUCAGUUCGUAUGUACGACGCUGUGCCCACAGAACUGCUGCAAAUCAGUGAUACAAAAAUCAAAGAAAAGUCACAUUAAAAAAGCAUUUUAAAGCUGACUGUAGAAAACAGAUACUAUAAAUAGAGGGUUUUCAAGGCAGUAAUGUUGUAGAGCAGAAACUUUACAAUGUUCUACAUGACAACAGAUAUUAUUUCCCAAAAGAAAAAAAAUUGUUUUGUUUUGCCAUACAACAUGCCCGCCAUGACAUCACUCUAUCUAUAGUGCGGUUUUCGUAUGACUGUGAAAAGUUCACGGCACGAACACGGUCGUGACACAGCAAGGGAUACGCCAGACCAAUCACA